ACCCCCCUCCCACCGAUUGUAAAUCUUCCUCUUCUCUUCUCCCUCUGUGCUGCAGUCCAUCUUCCCCUCUCUCUCUUUCUCGCCUCUGCAGAUCCCAAACUUGGCCUUCAUUCACAUGGAUUCCAUAAAUAGCAGCUGCUGUGAACCUUCGUCACCAACGACGACGGCGACCUUGAGCACCCGCCGGCGUCCAUGUCCGCCACCGCCGGAGGCAGUUGCCAACCUACCCACAUGCUCCGCCUCCCCUCUUCUCACAAAUUCCUCCAUCUCCUUCACCACCGCCGACCCCAGUUCCUCCCUUCCCAUCUCACUCUGCCUCUUCCCUCCACUACGACCCGCUUUCCUACCUCAACCUACCGCCGCAGCCGCCUCUCUUCAGGGAUCUAUUCCUUUCCAGUACCUCCCCUCCCACGGCGGAGUCGAUCUCCAUGGAGAAGGAAGCAGCGUGGGCGGCGGCGCCUCCUCUGCACGUGGGAUUAACGCAGCAGACGGGAUCGAUGGAUCUCAGCAUCGUUUUGGAGUUCAAUUGGGACAUAGCGGCUUGUCUAGCCAAAGGGAGGGCAGCUGGAAGAAUGGCCAAGCCACUGACAACAGAGCGCCAGAGGAGGCAGCAAAUUAACGACAAGUUCGACACCCUCAGGAAUUUGAUUCCCAAUCCUACCAAGGAGCUUUUAAGCACAGUGGAGGAACUGAAGUUGCUGGUGGAGAAGAAGAGGUGCAGCAGAUGGAGGAUCAAGAGGCACAGGACGGAUCAAGAGGACGUGAAGGAGAGCUCGUUGGAGGAGAUGAAAGCUUCGUCCGCAGCUGCCGAGGUUGAUGAACAGGACAAAUCCUACAAUGGGUCGACAUUGAGGAGCGCUUGGCUUCACUUCAGAGGAAGUCUAAGGACACGGAGAUUGAUGGUGCUUGAUGAGCUUCAUUUGGAUCUUCACCAUGUCGCUAGAGGCCAUGUGGGUGAUUUUUACAGUUUUCUCUUCAAUACCAAGAUAUGUGAAGGGUCUUCUGUGUAUGCAAGUGCCAUAGCCAACAAGCUAAUUGAAGUUGUGGACAAACAGUAUGUAUCCUCCACUCCUUCAAUAAGUUGCUACUGAUGAUCCAGAGAGGGGCCAUUUUUAAUUAGGGUUUAUGAGUUGGGGACUCAGAUUUCCACACAAGGGAGCUAGAGCAAAAAGGGGCUCAAAAGAAUCCAUGCACUGCAACAGUUUAAACUGCUGGAAAGAGAUUGGUAGGCAUCAAUACCAUAGUUGGUAGUUGAAUGAACAAGUUUUUAUGUGUAAAGACACUGGUAAUACCAGUGGGGGAAAUUAUGUUAAAUAGUUGAUGUUGAUGACUAAUUUCCCCUAUAGAUGGGGCCUCACAUAAGUUGCAUGAUCGUACUGCUGUUAUCCAUCUGUUGUAUAUAUAUAUGUUGAUGGUUUGUGUUGUUAAUGUUGCAUGUUUCAACUGUAAGGGAUACUGUUAAUUGAUUAAUGAAUGGGGUUAUGGCGCUCUCUGAUUUCUUA